GUUGUAGUUUAAUAGCCACGGAUUAUUUUAUGCGAUGUUAAAAUAAAAAAUAAUUCACAUAAUUUUGCAUAAAAUUAUUACUAUUCGCGUACCAGGAGCUUGAAAGUUAUUCGUAAACAUGAGUCUGUCAAGUACUCUGCUUCUCUUGGUAUCCAACGCAUGUUUUUUAUCGGCUUCCAGUGACUCAGACGUCAAAUACUUCACUAAUGAAUGGUUUGUGCACGUACCUCUGGGUGAUGUUGUGGCUAGAGAAGUGGCGCGAGAUGUCGGCAUGACAUACGACGGACCGGAUUUUCAUAACGAUGGCUUCCAUCGUAUGGUUAAAACUGAACUUCCGGACAAAUCCUUCAAUAAUAAUGAGCAUAUAACACACCAAUUGAAUAACCAUGAAUUUGUAACAGUUGCAAUCCAAGAAGCUGUGAAAGAAAGAUCCCACCGCAGUGUUGUUCAACCUAGGAAAGUAGUUCCACGGUUCGUUGUGCCAACAAGUAACAGCUUAGAUCAUAAUAGUCACGCCCACAUAAGUAACUACCAAGAUGCAUUUAAUGAUGAAUUCUGGCCUGAUAUGUGGUAUUUUCAAGAUUUACGUACAAACUUAAAGGAUCCCGUGCUUGAUAUGAAUAUAGUACCAGUCUUUUUUAAACUCAAAAUUACAGGAAAAGGUGUGAAUGUUACAGUACCAGACGAUGGACUAGAAUGGACACAUCCAGAAAUACUACCAAAAUUUAAUCCAAACUUGAGCUGGAACUAUAUUUCGAAUGAUAAUAAUAUUAUGCCCGAUAGAGAUGGAAAUAGAGGGUAUAGAUCUCAUGGAACUAGAUGCGCUGGGGAAAUAAUUAUGCAGCCAGAUAAUGACGUAUGUGGUGUAGGAACAGCUUAUGAUGCUAAUCUCGGAGGGAUUAAGUUUUUAGACAGUGGAUCGACAGACACCAGAGAAGCAAAAGUAUUAAAAUAUGCUCUUAAUUAUGUGGACAUUUAUAGUAAUUCAUGGGGUCCUGCGGAUACUGGAACAUUUAUGGAACAUUUGACAGAUUUUGUCAAAAGGUCACUUUCAAAAGGCAUACAUCAAGGUCGGAACGGAAAAGGAGCUAUUUAUGUGUUUGCCGCUGGUAAUGGAAAAGCGGAAGGCGACAACUGUGCUUGCGAUGGUUAUGUAAAUUCUAUAUAUACCAUAGUCGUUGCUAGUUGCGAUGAUAGUGGUCAUGUAGCACACUAUUCCGAAAGAUGUACUUCGAUCAUGGCUACUGCAUACAGUGGUUCUGGACAAGAAAAGAAUGUGUUGACUACCGAUGUAAACGGAAAAUGUACUGAUAAACAUACUGGGACGUCUGCAGCUGCACCACUGGUGUCUGGUAUUAUUGCGUUAGCUCUAUCAGCAAAUCCGGAAUUGACAUGGAGGGACGUACAACAUCUAAUAGCUUGGACAUCUCAAGUGGCGCCGUUGAGCGAUAACUACGGAUGGAACAAGAAUAAAGCUGGGUUUUAUUAUUCUGUUGACUUUGGGUUCGGUCUAGUGAAUGCUUAUAGGCUAGUCCAAGCAGCCAUGAAAUGGGAAAACGUGCCUGAAAUGUCGUCGUGUGGUAUACGCAUGCCUAAGGUUAGAAAUUUUCCAGUAUCAAGAAAUCGUGCCGCCCGUAUUACCGUGCUCUCGAAUGGCUGUGAAGGAUUGGCUGGAGAAAUAAAAUACAUGGAACACGUACAAUUAGUAUUGACAAUGUCUUAUCCAAAAAGAGGAGAUAUUCAAAUAGCAAUGAAAUCACCUUUAGGGACGGAAUGUCAUGUCUUGGAAAAUCGACCACAAGACUUUAAUACUGGCGGAUUAAGAAGAUGGACAUUUACAAUACUCUCUUUCUGGGGAGAAUCUCCAAAAGGAUAUUUUGUCAUCGAUAUUUUUGAUACGACUGGUGAUUCAUCCAACAAAGGUAUGAUUACUGAAAUGACGUUAUCUUUACACGGAACCAAAGAUCAACCAAAAAUUUAUGAAAGUGGUUCUCGAACAUAUGACGAUUUUAAAUUAGCGAAACCGGGAGAUAAACCUAGAUUUCCGAAUCUCAGUCAAAGUAAGGGAAAAAGCCUUGCAAGGCCUGAGGUUCAGAAAAGACCUUAUGUUUCAAAUCCAAUUAAUCAAAUCGAAGAUGAAAUUCAAAAUGAAAUUCAAAAUGAACUUCAAAAUGAAGUUCAAAAUGAAAUUCAAAAUGAACUUCAAAAUGACGAAAUGUUACAACAAAACAUUUUAAUGAAUAUGGAACAAGAAGCUAUUAAUCAAGAAGAAUCAAUUUUACAGGAUAUUGCAUCAAAUAUGAUGAAUUCGGGUAUCGAUUUAGAGAGCGAAAUUGUAUGACAGAGAAAACGAUUUAGAUCUCUGAAAUUACAAGUUUUGAAAUUAUGUUUUACCGUAUAGGUGUAACACAAUAAUCUAAUUAAUGAUGAAUUUAAUAUUUAUCUCGGUGUUCACUAAAUACAUUUUUUAUUUCCUAAAUUUAUUUAUUUACCUUAUCUAAUAUUGUAUUGUAACUAAUAAACAAAAUUCAAGUUUA